AGCCCUGCCCAGAAUCAAGAAGUGUUGUCGAUGGCAUCAAAUCUUUCUCUCAAGAGAAAAGCCUGAGAAAAAAAAAGCUAUUCUUUUCACGAUUAAAGAGGGGCGACUGAUGUAGGUCUACCAGGCUUGGACACAGGCCUAGUUUGUAAAGAGCUUUAGUUGUGGUGGUGGUGAACACUUCGGUUUUCCUCAAAUACCCGGCUCUUGUCAAGCGUGACUGCUUUCAGUUGGGAAGAAUGCUCUCCGCUAAGGUUGGACCAAAUUUUCCCGGCGGCGGGCAAUUAAUACUUGAGGCUGCUUCCAUACCUGCCAAACGCCUUGCGCAAGAUGGUGAGACAUUCCCUCGAUGUGUAAGGAGCCAACGAGAAGAAUCUAAUCACUCUGAUAAAAAGUUAAGAAACGUUUGCUCACCUGCUGAGCUCUUAGAUCAGGAUGGCGGAAAGCCACAAGGAUCUUCACACGAGUGUCCGCCAGUUACUGAUUCUGCUGAAAGUUUAGAAGCAAGCACCACUGCGGCGUGUGCUGGUGACAAAAUUUCAUCCCUCUACAAUUCCGAAGUGACUUUUUCAGAUUCCGUUCCUCAGAAGACGACUCCGAAAAAUGGAGCGUCUGACACGGAUAGAAACUAUGCACUAAUACCUUCUCAAGUGCCCUCUGACCCUGUGUCUUUGGGUGGGUAUAAUGACGUCAUAAUGGAGACAGCUCCGUCCCAGGGGAGGAACCCAGAAGUCCUUGGGGUCGCACGGGACGAGACAUGUGGCGUUUCUCACAACGUUUCAUCUUUUGGAGUUGAGAACUGCAAAGCAAGAACUACAGCUGAUUGUGAACAGACUGCUCAUGCCAAAGGACGUAACAACAAAUCAUUGUACCAGACCACUCUUGCACGAGGAGUCCCAGGCUACCACGAGGCGGAGAUGAGCUUUCGAGGGGAGGCAGACCUCCAGAGACAUCUCAUUGACUGUGACAAGCACCCAGGCCACGAGAUGUUCACCCCUAUCUCCAGCUUCGGCGUCCAAAAUCUACCCGAGGGGUAUCAAGAUCCAGAUAUUGUGGCGUACAUACGAGCCCAGGCGGACCUCACUGUCCGUGUGGUCAGUCGAUACACCAGCCCCGAUAGACCGGACAACUACGCGUUCAGCGGUAACAAGGGAGGGACGAUUUUGAGGACUGGAACCGGGUUCAUUCAGUACGUGUACAAGUGUGAGGGCCGGACGGAUAAGCCGUGCCCUUGUCCAGAGUGUAAGAAGUCGGACUCUCCUCGCGCCCAGUGGGCCAAGAUUAAAAUACGAACGGCCACUCAUGUUGUUUUUGAUGACGUUGAAGCGAAAAAUUCUGUGGCGGAAUUGUUUUUUGACAAUCACGAAGACAGGAGGAACGGGAAAGUAAAAACUGUGUUUGGAGACAAUGUUCGUUUUGGUGCGAUACAGGGCGACUGGUGCGACAUGCGCUGUGUGACGCACGAUCUUGAACUGUGCGACUUCAUAAAAGACGCCUGGGGUCGCUGGAGGUGGCUGGAGUCAAAGGUCAAUGAGAAGUUCAGAGGUGACGAGCAUCAGCUGGCCGUUGUGGUGUCCCACCCACACGGCUGUAACAAGCAGGUCAGCGUGGGCCGGUGGGCGGAGCGUGUGGUGGUGGGCGGGUCCAAAGGCUGGGAGAAUAGUGUGUACUCCUACGACACGCCCACUUGUCCUGGGAGCAGCGGAGCCCCCGUUUGGCUGCUGGGGAAGGUCAAGUGGGGAGGAUUCUUCGGGAGACAUCCUCACAGCGGCCGUCCUUUAGAAGGUUUGAACCUCAGUGCCACCGGGUGGGAUAAAAUCUCCUGAUCCCUUCGAUCAAAACUAACCCCUGUGAUAGUGCUGAAAGACAUCAGUUGAGGGACGUUUAGUAAUAGCUACCUUAGAAUUACAAAGUCUGUCUGACGUUUUUGUCCUUUUUGAGUUACUAAGACUUUGAGGUGAGAAACCAAAUGUUCUAUCCACUCUAUCAAACGCGUAACGUUUUUCGGAGUCGUUAUCAAGAUAUUGAAAAAGAAUUGCAUUCGAAAAAGUUUAGCUUGUUACGAAGCUCAGCAUUUUUUACAUUGCAUUUCUAAAAACUAGGUACUGAACAGAUAGAGAGAGCGAGCGAGA